AUGUCGAUCUUCUUCGACUACGACGUUACGCUGGCGUUCGCCAUCAUAACGGUGACAUCGGCCUUGUUCUUCGUCGUGCUGCCCUUCCUGGCACGUGAUCAGCAGCGUGGCCGCAUCAAGCCGGGUCCACGCAAGAACACCAAAUUCUCCCACCAAUCGUAUGAUGUCGCACCACCCGAGGCGCUGGGCGAGGGUCCCAUCCGCAGAGCUUCUGACCUCAAGCCUGAUGAGGAGCUCUACGAUUCGUUGAAGGACACAGAAAACAACCUCGUCGUAGCCACCCUCUGCCAGAACUUCGCGAGGAGCGAGAGGCUGUUCGGCAACUGCCGAUGCCUGGGCACGCGUCGCUUCGAGAACGAUGGCACUCGCGGUCCCUACGAGUUCCGCACCUACAAGGAGAUCGCCGCCCUUGCGCGCUACUUUGGCUCUGGCCUCAAGAACCUGGGCGCCAAGCGGGGCGAGCAUAUUGGCAUCUACAGCAAGAACAGGGAGGAGUGGGUGAUCGCUGAUCAGGCAUGCAGCGCUUACUCUCUCACCAUCAUCGCCCUCUACGAUACUCUCGGUGAGAAUGCCGUGGCCUAUAUUGCCAGCCACGCUUCCACCCGCUUUGUCGUCGUCUCCCGCGAAAGCCUUCGUCCCCUGAUGGGCGCGGCGCCCGACUGCCCCGAGCUCAAGACCGUCAUUCUCAUGGAGGAGCCCACCGAUGAGGAGCGGCUGGCCGCCGAGGCGAUCAACCUCCGCCUCUUGUGGUUCCAGGACGUCGUCCAGGACGGCAAGUCCAGGCCCGUCACCAUCGACCCCCCGACGCCCGAUGACCUCUACAGCAACUCAUAUACGACCAACAUGUGGCCGCGGCUAUAUUGUAGCAUCAUGUACACGUCGGGCACCACGGGCGACCCCAAGGGCGUCCUGCUGACGCACCGCAACGUGAUGGCCAUGAUGGCCGCCGUCAACCAGCGGGUGGCCAAGAGCGUGGCCACCCCCGAGGACGCCUACCUGUCUUACCUGCCUCUGGCUCACAUCUUCGAGCGUGCCAUCAUGCAGUGCGCCUUCUCCCGCGGCACCCGCGUCGGCUUCUACCAGGGAUCGGUGCUUCACAUCAUCGACGACGUGCAGGAGCUGAAGCCCUCGUUCUUCGUGGGCGUGCCGCGCGUGUACGACAAGAUCUACGGCAAGAUCGUCAACCUCCUGCCCCAGCAGCAGGGCAAGGUGCGUUGGUGGCUCUUCCGCCGGGCCGUCGCCUCCAUGGAGAAGACCCUCAGGACCGGCAAGGAGAGCGAUCUCUGGAAGUGGCUGGUCCUCAACAAGGCCAGGAAGAGGCUUGGCGGCAACGUGCGGGCCAUGUUGUCCGGCGGCGCCCCACUCACCCCCGUGGUCCACAACGUGUUCGGAUGCACGAUCGUUCAGGGCUACGGCCUGACCGAGACCUGCGCCGGUGCCACUGCGGGCUACCUGGAGGACCCCAGCUUCGGCCACGUCGGCGCGCCCAUGCCCUGCUGCGAGAUCAAGCUCGUGGCCGUGGACGACAUGCCCGAGUACGAUCCCAACGGCGAGACGCCCUGCGGAGAGGUCGUCAUUCGCGGCCCUAACGUGAGCCCGGGCUACUACCGCGACACCGAGAAGACGAAUGGCUGGUUCUUCACGGGUGACAUUGGCCGGUGGAAUCCCGACGGCACCCUCUCCAUCAUCGACCGCAAGAAGAACAUUUUCAAGCUCUCCCACGGCGAGUACAUCGCAGUGGAGAAGCUCGAGGGCGCGUUCACGAAGAGCAAGUUCGUGUCCCAGAUCUGGGUCUACGGCGACAGCAACAAGGCGCACCUUGUGGCCGUCGUCUACCCCGACCCCGACGCCCUCCUCCCCUGGGCACAGAGCCAAAACAUCCCGUUGACGGGAAACAGGGCGACCGACUUCCUGACGGUGUGCAGCGACGAGCGCGCCGCCAACGCCGUGGCGCAGGACCUGCGCCAGGUGGCCAAGGCCACCAAGCUGCGCGGGUUCGAGGUGGUGGAGCGAGUGUACCUCACCCCCGAGGAGUUCACCCCCGCCAACGACCUCGUCACGCCCACCUUCAAGCUCAAGCGGCCGCAGCUCAAGAAGCACUUCAACCACCAGAUCGAGUCCAUGUACGCUUCGAUUCCUGCCUAA